UGUGAGAACAGUUUUGUCUCAUCAUUUCCUCUCAGAUCGAGCCGUUUCACACUCUCCACAGACCACACACUGCACAGGCUCUCUCUGCCUCCUCUGUCUUCUUUGUCUCCUUUGUCCUCUGCCCUCUGGUCCCUGCGUGGAGACAUCAUGGCCCCUGCACCUGCCCACUGCACCUGUCUGCUCCUGUUCUCCGCUCUCAUCUCAGGAGUUCAUCUGCAGUUCAGCAGUUCAGAGAAAGCUCUUAUCUACAAACCUGUACUGCAGCCCCACGAGUCCAUCCCUCCCACAGGGACGUACAUGCUGCGGACUGCGACUGGGGUCCCUUGUAUCAGAGUGACACUGGGAGCAGAGUUCUUGGUGCUGGAGCAGAAGACGUGGUAUUUUAACCUGGACCCGUCUCGUGUGACUGUGUCUGGGACCUGUGGAUCAGCUGUGGCCAUUUUGUCUCUUGCUCUGCACAAUGAGGGUGGCAGUCUCCAGUUCUUCUUCACCAAGGAGAAGAAAGUUUACUAUGUGAAGAAGAUAACUGCUCACUUGUCUCCGUUCCCUGUCUGCAAAAACUGCUCACGCACUUAUACAGGAAUUGUGGACCAUGAGAAGCUGUUUGUCUCUAAAGGUGGUCGUAGUUUUAAGUGUAACUCUGAGAGCCUUCUGCACUUAUCUUCUACCCUCCGCCUUAAGAUGGUGCCUCUGCAGAUGCAAGCCUUCUCUGUGCCAAAGGGACAGUACGGCAAAGAGGUGGAGUGCUGGGCGGACUAUAACAAGCGCGUUAUCCCCAUCGUCAUCGGGGCGGUGAUAGUGGGACUGCUCCUCAUCGCUCUGCUCACCUAUGUCAUCAUGAGAGACAGACGCAGGACCGGCUACGAGAGUCUGUGAACGCACCACCAAUUUACCACUGAGUCUGUGAAAGCAACACGAAUGUACAACUGUCUGUGAAUGCAACACCGACAUCAUGUACAAGGAAAGACAAGUAUAUAAAAAAGUGCACUGUGUAAUUUUUCUGGUGGAGGGUCCAGUGAUGUUAUUUCUUUUGCCUGAAAUGUUCCACAGUAUGGCAUUAAACUUAUCAAUCUCCAUGGAGACAAGCAGGAAACACCGCCCGGCCAAGGUAAAGGUCAGAUCUGUGGAGAAGUGACCCCGUUUACAGUAAGAAUGAAUGCUUUCAAGUAUUUUUAAGGAUAACACCUUUUAUUAUUUAGUAAAUGUUUGGAUACGUUUAAUGCCAUACUUCGGAACAUUCCAAACACAGCAAAAACAUCUCCAUGGGACAAACAGUUGGCAGAAACCCUCCAGAAAAAUUCCACAGUGCACUUUAACUGUAACUUACCUUAUUUCGUGGACGAUUGUUGUUGUAUAUUUUUGUAGAUAUAUCGUCAAGAUUACAUUGUGAGAUUACCGUAUUUUUUGGACUACAAGACGCACUUAAAAUCCUUUAAUUUUCUCCAGAAUCGACAGUGCUCCUUAUAAUCCGGUGCUCCUUAUGUAUUAAUUCUGGUUGUGCUUACUGACCUCGAACUGAUUUUAUGUGCGGUGUUGUGUAUCACAUAAAACAUUCUGUCCCGAGGUCUGCUCAGUCCUGCUCCCGCCCACACCCACAUUGUGCCGUCUUGCUUCCGCCCGUACCGACAACACAGUGUGGGGCUCUACUACGAAGCCGCAUCUCUAGUAAUCCACAUUCACCAAGACAGGGAGGCAACGUCAGGUGAGUUACGCCAUGAUCUGCCAGUGGAUCGUGGACGCCUGGACUAAGGAUCAGUCUCAAGCGUUGUCUGUUUUGUUUCACUUCAUGCGCCUUAUAAUCUGGUGCACCUUAUGUAUGAAAAUAGACGAGAGAAUUCAACAUUUUUGAUAUUGCGCCUUAAAAUCCGGUGCGUCUUGUAGUCCGAAAAAUACGGUAAGCAAUAUUGAUAAUUUACAGUGACAUCAGGCUGGGGGUGUUUUACAUGUAUGUGGAUUGUUCGGCCGUUUCUAAGGUGUAAACACUGCCCCCAAAAAAAAGGUUUUCAGAAAAGAAAAGAAAGAAAGAAAAAAUAUGAAAUGGAUGUAAACCAUAGACUGUAUAAAAAAGUGGAUUAAGCGAGUGUUCAGCUCCACACAAAUGAAGCUCCUGUUAGAGGGUAAAAGCACGAUUACAGGAGCCAGGCUCCAUAUUUGGAAAUCUGACUGCGAGUAUCAUAACAACCACAAGAGCCAAUCAUGAUUGAGGUCAUUAAAUGUGCCUGGCCUUCUCACUGGAAGGGGGCUUACUUAGCAACGAAGCACACUAGCUGUCAAUCAAACUUGUUGCUAAUGCAAGCAUGAGUAACCUUGGGGACUGAAGGCGUCCGAUUGAUCCAUUAUUUAUGUUCAGAUCUCGAUUUAGGGACAAAAUAGUGAAAUAGAAGGAUCAUGGCUGCUGUGGCCUCGCAGGUACAGAGAGAGGAGCCACAAUAUUCCAAUGUAAGUCUAUAGGCUCUAUGCACAAACCAGGAAGUUACGUCACAAACCAGGAAAAUGUUUGGAAACACGUGAUGUAGUUCACUGGGUUCACCAACAGACUGUGAUCAAACCCACUGAAGUAAAUACGAUCGUUGGUAAAAUGAAGACUGCAGACGUAUGUGCUGUUUGGAAUCAUCUGGAAUUUGGCGUCUCAUCUCUUGUAAUCACAUGUACCAGUGCACUCAGAGUUGUGUGUCAGUGUGGAAAUGAUAAAAACUGAGGUAUGGUUGUAAUUGUUGAUUAGCUGAACAUAACAGAACGCUACAAUGACAUGGAGAUGAAGAAAACUGGGACAUUUUCUAAUUUUUCCUAAAUUUUGUUAGACUUACUACCACGAACAGAGCCCAUUGUAAGUUGUCAUCAUGUUUCCAGUUAGCUUCACACCCCCAGGGAAUAUUGUUGAUCCCAGCUGCAAAAUAUCAGUUGUUACAUGUAUGUAUUGUUAUGUAUGAGAAUUCAAUAGAACAGCUGUUGUUUGUAUUGUUUGUGCUUAUGCUGGUUUAGUUAUUAUAUGUUAGUUGGUCAAACCUUGAAGCUGAGAUAAAUAAUGUCGCCUGAUGCAUUUAAAACUUCUAUCCUUCCACAAAGCUGGGGAGUUAUUUUAAAACAAAUCUUAUCAAGAAAUAAUACAUGUAUCUUUUUUUAUUUGUCACUUGGCCUCUCCCCUUUCUCUUCAUCUGUUAAAGCAUUAAAUCUCUCUUUUUUAAAGCCCUUACA